AUGGCUAUCAAUGUAGACUCGGAAUCCAUUACAACUACUUUAGCAUCCAGAAUUUCGAAGUUUUCUAAGAUAAUCAGAGUUGUAGCAUGGUUAUUACGCUUCCAACCAAAAGCUAAAGAUUUAAGAAAGAAUGUUGAUUUAACGCAAGAAGAAAUAAGAAACGCACAAAAGACUCUUCUGCGGUCAGUACAAAAAGAGUGCUUCAAUGAAGAAGAAGGUAAAAAAUCUUUGAAAAACUUUCAAGUGUUUUCAGAUCAUGAGGAGAUACUUCAAUUAAAGUCUAGACUUUUGAAUGAAGAUGAAACCCCUGAAUUCAUUGCGCCUUUGAUUCUUCCGUCAAAGCAUCUUGUUGUCACCCGACUUAUUGAACAAGAACACCUGUUGAAUAAACAUGCAGGAACGUCCAUUCUUCUAACAAUCCUGAGAGAGAGAUUUUGGAUUAUAAAAGGUAGAAGAACUGUUCGCUCCGUUAUUAGAGGAUGUGUCACCUGUAAGAGACAAAAGGUUAAAAACCUUGAAGUACCAUUUCCACCUCUGCCUCCUGAUCGAACUAGAUUAUCGGCUGUAUUCGAAGUGUCCGGUGUCGAUCUGGCCGGACCUUUGAUGACCAAGACUAAUGAGAAGGUUUGGAUCGUCCUUUUCUCCUGUGCUGUAUAUAGAACUGUUCACUUAGAGCUGAUACCUUCUCUUAGCACAAACGCUUUUGUUCAAGCAUUACGGCGUUUUAUUGCUAGAAGAGGUAGAGUAGCUACACUAUACUCAGACAAUGGUACCAAUUUCACUGGCCUCAACGCCUCCUUAAAGCGCCUUGAUUGGAACAAAAUCAUGAAAGAAUUUGAAGUUUCCCAAAUCCAAUGGAAAUUCAAUCCACCAUCCGCCCCAUGGUGGGGAGGAUUCUGGGAAAGAUUAAUCGGAAUUCUCAAAGACCUCUUAAGAAAAAACUUGGGACGGUCAUCUCUGACUCAUGAAGAACUCUCAACUCUUGUUUGUGAAUGUGAGUCGAUCAUGAACAAUAGACCUUUGACUUAUGUGUCUGAAGAACCAGAUUUGAGAGCUUUAACACCAUCUUCAUUCCUUCAAGACCUCCCUACUAACGACGUAGCCGACUUAGACAAAAUUGACAAAACUAAUUUAGACAAGAGAUACAGAUAUGUUCAAAGAUUGAGAGAAAGACUAAAAGAAAGAUUCAGGAUCGAAUAUUUAGGUUUCUUGCGUUCAUCUGUUUCCAAGAGACUUGACCAAAUAAAUAUUGGAGACAUCGUCCUGAUUGGCAGAGAAGACAGGAAACGAAUUUUCUGGCCGUUAGGAAAAGUUAUUGAGCUGUUCCCUGGAAGAGAUGGACGAGUAAGACUAGUCAAAUUGAAAACGGACAAAGGGACUUUACUAAGACCUAUUCAAAGACUAUACCCCUUAGAGUUAACUGAAGAUGCCAGUGAACAUUAA